AUGCCAUCCAGUCUUCGAUCAAUACAACCUGAAACAAUCACUUCAGAACAAGAAGAAGUUGUAGAAGAAAAGAAGACUAUCUCUCCUCAUAUUACAGAUACAGUAGAUACUUUCGAAACUAAUCUUUUGCAAAGCACUGAACCAGUUAUGAAACGUGAAGUACAAUAUACUAUUUCGAGUUCAGUACCAGGUUAUUUUACUAGUAGUGAUGUUUAUCAUGCAUACAAACAACCUGUACAACCAAUGAAUGAGCAAAAAGAUUCAACAACUAUCAUUGAUAAGGCAACAUCAAUAAUUACUGAUAUUAUUUCGAGUGUAACUGAUGCUUUACCAAUAACAAAGACUACUGAAGAACCAACUACAACUACUACUGAAUCACAUGUCUCUGAUGAAGUUUCAUCAGUUCCAACAGUUACAGAAGAACAAGAAGUUGACGAUCAACAAGAAGCAUCAUCAGAUGAUUUAGUAGAAAUUAUGAAGAGUUAUAUGCCAUCCAGUCUUCGAUCAACAAAAUCUGAUACUGCUAGCUCUGAAGAACCAGCUACAUCAGCUGACGACGAACAAGAAAGUAUGUCAUCUUCUACGACUGGAACAACAGUAAGAUCAGUUUCAGAAGAAAAUCUAACAAGAACUACUCAACCGAUAGUCGAAGAUCAACGGAAUGAAGAGAUUCUAGCACCAGUACCGGGAUAUUUUAUUAGCAGUGACGUUUAUCAUGCAUACAAACAACCUGUGACACCACAAAUUGAAGAUAAAGAUUCAUCAACUAUUACUGAUAAGGCGAUGACAAUUGUUUCCAAUAUCAUUUCUAGUGUUACUAGUACUUUACCGACAUUAAACGUGUCCGAAGAGACAAUCUCUUCAAAAGAUACUAGUUCCUCCCAAGAACAAGAUAUUUCAUCACAUAUCACAACAAAUGCUGAACCAACAGUUACAGUCACUGAAUCAACAAUCGUAAACGACAAGAUCUCAUCCCCAACGGUGUUAGAAGACGAACACUUGCUUUCUACAUCUUCACAAAAAGAAGACAUAGAAAGAGUAGAUGCUAAACAAGAACAAGAACCAUCAACAACUGGCUUGUUUGAUAUCAUGAAAAAUAUGUUGCCAUCUGUAAUGCAACCUAAGAAAGACAUCAGUGAAACCUCUGAAGACAAACUAUCAAGUACAAAACAUGAUACAGAAAUAUUUCAAGUUUCAGGUGUGGAAACAACAAUGCCAAUAAUUUCAGAGGAUAAACCCAUUAAGAUAACAUCAAUUCCAGUUGAUUUUCAAGAAGAACAAUAUGUUUUACCUCCAGUACUAGGUGUGGAAACAACAAUGCCAAUAAUUCCGGAGGAUAAACCCAUUAAGAUAACAUCAAUUCCUGUUGAUUUUCAAGAAGAAGAAUAUGCUUUACGUCCAGUACCAGGUUAUUUUACUAGUAGUGAUGUUUAUCAUGCAUACAAACAACCUAUACAACCAAUGAAUGAGCAAAAAGAUUCAACAACUAUCAUUGAUAAGGCAACAUCAAUAGUUACUAAUAUUAUUUCGAGUGUAACUGAUGCUUUACCAAUAACAAAGACUGCUGAAUCACAUGUUUCUGAUGAAGUUUCAACGGUUACAGUAGAACAAGAACCAUCAUCAACGAAUUUGGUAGAUAUUAUGAAGAGCUUAGUGCCAUCUAGUCGUCAAUCAACAAAAUCUGAGACUAUCAGCAUUGAAGAACCAACUACAUCGACUGAAGACGAUCGAGAAAGUAUGUCAUCUUCUAUGACAGGAACAACAGUAAGAUCAAUUUCAGAAGAAGAUCUAACAAGAAUUACUCAACCAAUGGUUGAAGGUCAACAGAAAGAAACUUUAACUCCAGUACCAGAUUAUUUUAGUAGUGGAAGUGAUACUUACGAUGCAUUUGAUCAAUCAGUAGAACCAAUGAUUGAAGAACAAGAUUUAUCAACUAUUACUGAUAAUGUGAAACCGAUCGAUGUCGAUACUACUCCAAGCAUUACUAGUCCUUUACCAGCAGCAACUCCAAGUGAGGAAGUACUAUUAGCUACUGAUACAAGUUCAUUGAAUGAACAAGAACUACAAUCACAAGUUGUAACAACUGUUGAAACUACAAGUACAACCACAACUAUUGAAUCAAUUAAUCAAGAAAAUAAACCGUUACCUUCGGAUAUGGAAGAUAAAGAAAUCACUGAAUCAAAACCAUCUGACAAAUCGAUAACAAAAGUAGAAGAACCCGAACAUCAUUCACUAAUGAGUGGAUUUAUUGAAACUAUGAAAGAUCUUAUACCAUCGGCUAUUCGAUCGCGAACAUCCACUACAACAAGUACUGAAGAAAAAACUUCACAUGUAAGUGAUGAAAACGAGAUCACAUCGAAUGUUCCUGAAGAACAUUUGAUAGAAAGUACUACAACAACUAGAAAAACAUCAGAACAAGAAGAUGUUUUCAGUCAUGUAUCAGGUGAUGUUGCAGAUACUGAGCACUAUCGUGAAGAGAAACCAGUUGCUCAAAGAAAAGAUUCGACAAGUUUCAUUUCUACAAUUACACACGUCGUAACAGAUGCUAUCUCUGCAGUUCAACAUGCUUUACCAAGAUCGCUUAGUUCAAGUACUGAUGACCAUUACGAACAUUUACCAAAAGAAUCACUUGAAGAUGAUGAAAUAGAAGAGUCUGAAUCAACAUUACAGACAUCAGUAUCUGAUAAACACGAACAUCAUGGUAUAUUGGAUUCUGUUAUGGAAGCUGCAUCAAAUGUUAUGGAGACACUAUCACAUCUUUCAGUAUUCGAAAACGAACCAACUGCUUCUGAAGUUUCAACUGAUACACCAGAAGAAUCACGUAAUAUUGUUGAAGAAAAAGAAAGUUUAACAGAAACUGCAAAAGAAAUUCUUACAGCACCUUUACAAUCUGCUGUUGAUACUUAUGAAGAACUAGUUUCUACAUCAGAACAACCAACAAGUACAACAACUACCACCGAUGUUACUGUUGAUCAUCUUGAAGAUACCAGUCAACAUAAAGAUAUUGAUAGCGAAAUUGAAGAUGUUGAUAGAUCUGAUGAACACGAAUCAUUUGAAGAAAUAACAUUACAGAAUGAAUUUCAAACGAGAUCAUUUCAACCACUUCAAAUUAUCGAUGAUACAUAUCCAUGGUAUGCAAGUUAUUAUACUAUUGCUGAUGCAGAUUCAAAUAUGGGUCAAUUAUAUAAAAAAUUAAGUCAUACUCUUGAAAGACUUGAACAACGACCACCACCAACAACAGUUACAUUUCAACCUGAUCCACAUGAAAGAGCUCCAACACCAGAUUACGAUCAUCAUGCAUUAGUUGAUACGAAAGAUACACGUGAAAAAGUUCAUGAAUUAGCUCAACUUAGUACGAAAUUUCCAACAACAAAUGUUACAGAAAAUGAAGAAGGUAAUGAUGGAUUUCAAGUUGUACAACGUCGUAGACGUACAUCGUCAUCAACAACUCAAGAAAAAACACCACCACCAACAUCAACAAUAAAAAUGACUAGAUCAACUGUUAGUCCAGAUAUUGAUCUAGCACCAGUAGUUCUCCAGGGGCGUUCACAUACAUCAACAUCUAUUCCAUCAGAUGUUAUACAAUCAACUGUUACUACUACUACUACGGCUAGUAAGAAAAAAUCUAAGAAACAAAAGAAAGAUAAAAAAGAAACAGUCUUGUUUGAUGCUCCUGUACCAUCAACAUCUGAUAUUAACGAACAAAAACCAGAACUUAUACAAUCACAAAUAGAAGAAGAAGAAACGGUGGAAACAAUAGAACCUCAACAUGUAUUAACAUCUACUGGAAAUAAUACUCCUCAAGUUGAGAAGACAUUAGAAGAAAUUACAAAUGAAUUCGACCAACAACAACAACAACAUCCAACUAUUGAUGCAUUUAAACAGACACCCAUAGAAGAAAGAAAUGAACAACAACAACAAACUGAUCUUCUAUCGACAUCAAUAAAUUUCGAUGCUGAAGAAAUGAAAAUAAUUGAUGAUGAAAAGAAUGAUUCAACAUCUUCCGAUGCUUCACAAUGGUCAUCUCAUUCAUUUAUAGCAGCUGCAGAGAAUGAAAAGGUCGAUAUAGAAACAACUGAAACAAUUGAAACAACUGAACCAACUAAAGUAACAGAAACUAUCACAAUAAUUCCUUCUACUGAUAAUGAGUUGAUACAAUCAGAAAUACCAUCUAGUUCACCAUCUAGUAAAAAGAAGAAAAUUAAACAAAAAUCGAUUGAAAAAGAAAUUGUACAACAAAGUAAAACUCCAUCAACACCAGUUGUUAUUGAAGAACCUGAAGUAGAAUCUAAACCAAUUCCACCAACACCAACAAAGACAACUACAACAACAACAACUAUUCGUACAAAAGUAGUUACCCAACCAGAAGAAGAAGAAGUUGAUGAUAAUGAAGGAUUUCAAGUUGUUCGUUAUCGUAAACGUAUAUCAUCGACAACAGGACCUGAAAAAAUUUCACCACCAGUAUCAUCAACAACUACACCUAAAAAACGUCUUAGUACUGAUAAUGAUAAAAGAUCAAUGAAUAUUGCAGGACGUCAAGGUGUAUCAACAUCAACUGUUUCACAAAUACCAAAAUUAAAGAAAGAUAAAAAAGAUGUAUUUUCGUCCAAUCCUCCAACACCUUCAUCAUCUUUUGAUACAGAUAUUAUUCCAUCUUCCAGUAUCGAUAGUCCUCGAGCUAAACAAAUUGAACAACAACCAACACUUCAACAAAGAAAGAGUGUUGAUGCAACACAACCAAAAUCUUUGUUUUCAGAAUUAUUAACAUCCAGUCCUGCACCUUCAGUAGUAACAGAAGAAAAGAUCAAACAACAACCAAAAGAUCAAGAAACUACUUUACAAUCUAAAAUUCAACCAUUAUCAAUAUCUACUGUUGAUACACCAAAAGUAUCAUCUAAACCUAUUUCACCACCGCAAUCAAAAGGUACAGUCAAAACAACACUUCGUGCCAAAGCAUCAACUUCUCCCGACGAAGAAGAUGAUGAGGAUAAUGAAGGAUUUCAAGUUGUUCGUUAUCGUAAACGUAUAUCUUCAUCAGAUAAAACAUUACCACCAGUACCACCAAAAACUUCAUAUAGACAAAAUCUUGGCCGCAAUAUGGAUCGUAAAACUGCUGCUAUUCGUGGACGCCAUGGAUCAGGAUCUGGAUCAGGUUCAGGAUCACGUUCUGCACCACGUUCAAUUCCAACUGGACAAACUCAGUCUGAUAGACGUCAACAAAUAAGACCUAUGCUAGAUCGACAACAACUACCACCUACAUCACGUUCGUCAGUUCCUAAAGAUGCACAACUUAUGUCUUCAUCUAGUUUUGAAAGUCCAAAAACAGAACAAAAACAACAACCAAUUACUGAUAAACGUCAAAGACUAAGUGAAUCUUCACUUCGAUCAUCAUCAUUUACUGAACAAACAUGGAAGCCAAUCGAACAAUUACAACCAAUAGUUGUUGAUGAGCCUCGACAACCAACAAAUAUUGAACCUCAAGUUACUCUUCCUAUUACACAACAAAAAGUAACAGAACAAAUUCAACCAGAAGAGAAAAUGAACACAAAAACAUAUUUAUCAAGUGUAGUUAGUUCAUCUCCUGUUGAUAGAUCAGUUCGUCAACCAGUUGAUGAAUAUCAUACACCAAUUAAACGUGAAGUUCAACGUGCUCCAGUACAACAAACGGUUCCAUCGACAAUAACUAAAUCAAGAACUAUUGAAACUCAAAAAUCAACAGCAACUGAAGAUGACGAAGAUGAUGACGGAUUUCGAGUCGUACGUUAUCGUAAACAUGUACCUGCAUCACCAACAACAACAACACUUUCUUCACAACAUAGUUUUGGUUCUGAUACUGCUAAAAAGCCUCCGAAAAUACCUAGAAGACAACCUUUAAUGCCACCAUCAACUGCUAGUACUGUAUCAACCACUCCACAAACUAUGGUAUUAAAGAAAAAAUCAACUAAACCAAAGAAAACCAAAGAAGAUAUUGUAACAUCUGAUAGUUCUCCAUCUACUGAUUUUCUUUCAUCAUCUGCAACUGAUGCUGAUCUUCGUUCAUCAUUUAAAAGUGAAUCUAUAACUAAAAAACCUAUCGAACAACUUCCUAAAUCACAAUCUGAAGAUGUUUCUUCUCCUCAUUCGGAACAAAUAAUAACAGAAACUAUUACUACAACACAUGAAAAAGUUACUAAAGAAGAUGAGGAUUUAGUGCAAUCAAAAGAUAUAACUGAAACUGUACAAAAACCAACAGAUGAUAGUUAUAAACAAUUACAAUCAACAGCAACACCAACAGUAACAAGUGCUGAUACAAGUGAUGAAUUAUCGAAAAAACCAAAGAAAAAACAUAAACGACCAAAACGUGAACCUGCUACAUCAGAAAUGUCCACACCAUCUGAAGAAGUAUUAGUUACAAUUGAUAGUCCUUUAAUUACAAAAAUAAUAUCAUCACCUAGUCAAUCUCACGCACCGGUUACAACUAUUUCACCAACAUUAGAAGAACAAAGUGAUAAAAAAUCUGAUAGCACAAUACCACAAGAAGAAACUCUUUCAUCACAAUCAAUCGAACAAACUACAAAUAUAGAAGAUGAACAAGUAGCUACUGCAACAUCACCUAAAAAACCUACCAAACGACGCAAGAAAAAACUACAUUCUUUUGAUAAACAAGAUAUCGAAGGCAAUGUAUUUAGUUCUUCAACAACUAGUACAACAGAUAGAGAAAGUAGUAGUACAACUGCAACAACACCUGAAAAAAAUACUUCUUUUGAUUCAUCGACUGACAAUCGUGUGGUAUUAGAUGAUGAUAUUAAACAAGAUUCAGAAUGGAUAACACCUCAAAAUAAAAAGAAAAGAUCAAAAUUAACUGAUUCACCAAUACAUACAGAUGAACAAAAAUUUACAUUUGAUUCACAUUUCUCGCCGCAACAAUCAUCAUCAGCAGCAGCAGCAAAAAUUGAAUCCGAAAAAGUAAUAGAAGUACAACCUCUUUUACAAAAAGAUGAUGAACCUCAAAUAACAAGUCAAUCAUCAAUAGAACAGCCACCAACUCAAUGGGAUUCAGAAAAUUUAAUAUCAGAACAACAAGAUAAACUUGUAUCGUCACCUGAACAAAGUACUGUACAAAAAAUAGUCACUCAAGAAGAGCCUAUUAUCGAACAAACAACAACAACAACAACAGUAACUUCUAAGAUUGAUGAUGAAACCAUUGUAGAAACAUCAACAAAAUCAAAGGAAAGUAGUGAAACUAGUGGUGAAGCUGAUUUAAAUGCUUAUCGUGAUCAAACAGGUCGUCUUCGUCGAAAAAAACCACGUAAACAUACAAAAAGUUCAAGUAAACAUGAAGAUGUACUUCCAACUGUUCAAUUACAAGCACCUGAAGAAGAUAGAAUUGAUCGAAAAAGUAUAAGCGAACAUUGGGCUGAUGUUUUAGCAACACCAAUAUCUAGUAUUGAAGAUGAACCAACAACUACAUCUGAAUUAAUGGUUGAAGAAGAAGAAGAAGAAGAGGAAGAAGAUCAAAGAUAUGAAAAUGAAGAUGAUAGUAAAACAAGUAGUAAAUUAGAUACAUUUCUACCUGAAUAUAUCCGUCAACAAAUAAGAUCAAGUUCUUCACCACGUUCAUCAUCUUCAACUAAGAAUCGUUCAAAAUCAUCAUCAAUUGAACCAUCAACAUCUAUUGUACAUUCAACUUCAGCACAUAUUUUACUACCAACAUCAUCAAAUCAAUCAACAAGUGCAGAUACAUCUGAAAAUGAAAGUAAUAGACAAAAAUCAGCUAAUGAAAAAGUUCCUUCAGUAGAAGAUUCAAAUCGUACUUCAGCAAUAAAUCAAAUAGAAACUAUUACAACAGAACAUUCAUCUUCGUCAUCACCAACUAGUACGAUACGAAAGAAAAAACAACGACCAAAAAUGUUAAAAAAAGAUGUCGAAGCUACAACAUUAUUAACACAUGAAUUCGAUGAUACACCAUUGACUAUAACUGAAAUUCAUCAAACUUCACCGGUGAUACAAAAAGAAGAAGAUGAAACAAAAGAUGAAUCAUUUUCAUCUAAUAUACGUGAUCAAUUUGAUUCUAUUAUAUCAACAAUAUCAGAUUCAUUUACUGCUGCUGUAUCGUCUUUAAAAGAAAUAACUACAGAUGAACAAGAAACUUUUCAAUCGAAUGACUCAGUACUACCAAUUGAUGAAACAGGAACUACUUCUCCUAAAACAUCUCCAGAAACAACGACGACAACUACUACUACAACACGAAAAUCUUCAACACGUUCACCACGUAAACGUUCGAAACGAGAUAGUGGUCCUGACUAUGAAAGUUUAACACUUCAAUCAUCUGUUGAUUCUGAACAAUCAUUUUCUAAUAUAAAAAAUACUUCAACAUCGAAUGAUGAAGAACAAUUAGAUUCUAACAAAGUUGAUACUCAUAAACAACAUUCAAGAAAACACUUAUCAUCAGAUCGGCAAACAUCAAAUACCGAAGAUGAAAAUGAACAACAAGCUAUAUUAGCUGAUGAUGAUGAAGAAGAUAAUAAGUCUCUUUCUACACCACUUGCAUCAUCUGAAGUUAAUAUUAGUGCAGAGAGUCGAUCACCAAGUCAAUUAAUUACAGCAACUGAAGAAUCAACUUCAUCAACUAUACAACCAUCUGAAGAAAAGAAUGAAAAUGAAAAUAUAUCACUUCCUACAAGUAACGAACCAGAGGUGAUAAAAACUGAGACAGAAAAUACGACGACAGAUGAACAAACAGCAACAACAUCCAAUGAACAAUUACGUGUUGUUCAAGGUUUUCAUACAUAUACACCAAAUAAAUAUCAAUACAAUCAAUAUGAAGAAGGACUAACUGCUCCUAAUGAACAAAUCAAAUCUACAACAAUAGAAACUGAAACUGAAACCGAACCAGAGACAGAUAGUAGUGACGCAAUUCUUUCACGUGGCUUUAAUCGUUGGUUAAAACAAGGAAAUGAAAUAACAUCAACUUCAUCAACUAAAACCGAAGAACCAUCAGCAAUAGUUAGUGGUUUAACACGUGCUAUGCAAAGUCUUAUUAUUCAACCGGUUGAAAGUGACAAUGAUGAUGAAGAGGAAGAAGAUUCAUGGAAUGGACCAAAAGCAAAAAAACCAACGUAUGCAACCGGUAUUCCACCUGAAAAACGAAUUCAUACAUCGAAUGGAUAUAAUAUAAAUCACCCACGAAAUCUAACAACAACGCCAUCAUGGUUAAUAACUUCAUCGAGUGAUAAUACAUAUCAAGAUGAUCCAUCAAAAUAUGAUCCCGAUGAAGAAGAAGAUGAUUCAAUAAAUGAUAGUUCUGAAAAACAACAAAUAUCUCCUCAUACAAUUAAUACACAAUUAUCAACAACAGAAGAAAGACAAACACAUAUAAAUAAUUUAGCUGAUGAUUUACCAUUUCAACCAACUAUAAGUAAUUUAUCAUCUUCAUCAUCAUCAUUAUCAUCUGCUGUUAAAUGGAAUGAAACAUCAUCACGUCCGGAUGAUAUUAAUCAACAACAAACAAGUUUUACUGAAGAUGAUGUACAACGUUGUCUAGGUGAAGAUUUUUAUCGAGAAUCAUUAGCUGCAGAUACACUUCAAACUCGGGAACGAAGUUUAAGUAGUUUAAAUGAUCUUGUUCUUAAACCAUCACAAUCAUCAGAAGACAUCGAUGAUGAAGAUAACAUUGAUGAUGAUGAUAGUCAAAACAACAGAAAUAAUAAUAAUAAUAAUAAUAAUAAUCAUCAUUCAAUGAAUUUUGAUGAAUGGGCACAUUUUCUUGAACGUCAAAAUAAUCCACAUAUGUUCUUACCAUCUGUACCAUCUUCGCCAAUAAUUAUACAAAAUUUAUCACCAACACAUGAAUGUUCAUAUGCACGAGUAUUAGAUGAAGAUACUCUUAUAUCAGACAAAAAUCGUUCAAAUCUAAUAGAACAUGAACAAUAUUCAUAUGAAAAUGAAAGACAACGUUAUGGAGAUUUUUCACCCUUAAAUGAUGAUUCAGUAGUACCUGAAUCAACAUCAGAACACCAUAUAUCAUCUAGGCAAAAGCCUUCCGAAACAUUUCAACGAUGGCGAAAUCAAUCGAAUCAAAAUCAAGAUGAAUUAAAUUUAAAUUCAUCAAAUCUAACUUCAACUGAUACACAAAACGACGAUGAAAUAUUUGUAUCUCAUUCAGACGGUGGUCUUAGUCGACGAACUGCUGGAUAUCAAGACUCACCCGAGAUUAUGAAUAUCAAUCAAUCAACAAUUUCUUCUUUAUCUCGAUCAACAAAUGAUCCUUUACAUGACCAACAUACUACAAAAGAAGAAUCACAUUUUGAACAUAGUUUACCUGAAAGUUAUCAUCAUUCAUCAUAUGAAUAUCUUUCGUCUGGUAAUGGAACAGGAGGAAUAGGAAAUAAUAAUAAUAACAAUAAUCAAAUACAAUCUUCAACAAAUCUUUCGUCUCAUCAUCGAACAUCAUCUCCUCCACAGAAAUAUUCUAAUAAGUAUGUCACAUCAUCUUCCUACAGUCCAUCAUCUUAUCGAUAUCCACCAGCACCGACUAUCGAUGAAUCAACACUUAGUACUUAUUCAAUGAAUCGUUCAACACAAGCACAAAUAUCAUCAAAUUCACUUUCAGCUUAUGUACCUCAACAUAAUAAUAAUAAUAAUAAUAUGAAUCGACAUUCAUUACUUCCAACAGCAACAGCAACAACAACAACAACAACAACAGCAGCAUCAGAUGAUUCAGGAAACGAAUCAUCUGUAAAUUAUCAUCAACAAUUAACAAACAAUACACAUUUUGUUGUUGUUGCAAUAGAUUUUGGCACUACAUUUAGUGGUUAUGCAUUUGCAUUUACACGCGAUAUUGAUUCAAUUUUAAUGAUGCGUAAAGUCGACGGCAAUGAUCCCGGUGUAAUCAAUCAAAAAACGCCGACGACAAUACUUUUAACGCCAAAUUUAGAAUUUCAUUCAUUUGGUUUUUUUGCACGAGAUUUUUUUCAUGAUCUCGAUCCAGAUGAAGCGAAACGUUGGCUUUAUUUUGAAAAAUUUAAAAUGCAUCUUCAUUAUACACAAGAUCUUAAUACUCAAACAUUAAUUCCUGCAAGUAAUGGUCGUAAAGUUCCAGCAUUAACUAUAUUUACAUAUGCAUUACAAUAUUUUAAAGAACAUGCUUUACGUGAACUUAGUGAUCAAUCAGGUACAAGAUUUGUUAAUGAAGAUGUUCGAUGGGUUAUUACAGUACCAGCUAUAUGGAAACAAUCAGCUAAACAAUUUAUGCGAGAAGCUGCUUAUCAAGCUGGUAUUGCUUCACGUGAAUUUCCUGAACAAUUACUUAUUGCUUUGGAACCCGAAGCAGCAUCAAUAUAUAUACGUAAACUUCGAAUGCAUCAAUUUGUUCCUGAUGAUACACCAACAUUUUCUCGUAAUACAGUACGACGUGAUCAUGGUUUAUUUUCAUCAUCAAUAUCUGAUCAUUCAUCACCUAUUCUUCUAGAUCCAGAAAAAUUAUCAACUGAUCAUAGUGAAUCAUCGCAUUUAAAUAAUCAAGCAUUUGAAUUAGUACUUGAUCGUGGUACUCGUUAUAUUGUUGUAGAUUGUGGUGGUGGAACAGUAGAUAUAACUGUGCAUGAAUUAGAUAAUAAAAUGGGUACAUUAAAAGAAUUAUAUAAAGCAACAGGUGGACCUUAUGGUUCAGUUGGUGUGGAUCAAGAAUUUGAAAAAUUAAUGAAUGCGAUAUUUGGUUCUGAAACAAUGGAAGAAUUUAAAAUGAAACGACCUGCUGGUUAUGUUGAUUUAAUGAUUGCAUUUGAAGCACGAAAACGAACAGCUAGUCCAUUUAAAAACAAUUCAUUGAAUAUAUCAUUACCAUUUUCAUUUAUUGAUUUUUACAAGAAGAAAAAGGGUUCAACUGUUGAAUCAGCUAUUCGUCGUUAUAAUGAUCCAGAUAUAAAAUGGUCAACACAAGGAAUGAUGAGAUUAACACCAGAAGCAAUGAAACGUCUUUUCCAUCUAACAAUUGAAAAAAUUAAAGCAACAAUUGGAGAAGUUUUAAAUAGUCCGGAUGUUAAAGGUAUACAAUAUCUCUUUCUCGUUGGUGGUUUUGCUGAAUCACCAAUACUUCAACAUGAAAUUCGUCGAUCUUUUUCAUCUAUUCUCAAAGUUAUUAUUCCUCAAGAUGUCUCAUUAACUAUUUUAAAAGGUGCUGUUCUAUUUGGACUUGAUCCAACUAUAGUAAAUGUUCGUCGUUCACGUUUAACAUAUGGUGUUUCUGUAUUGAAUCGAUUUCUACCGGAUUAUCAUCCGAUUGAGAAGAAAAUUAUUAAAGAUAAUAACGAAUGGUGUGCUGAUAUAUUUGAUAAAUUUGUUCUUGUUGAUCAAUCAAUUGGUCUUGGUGAUAUUGUUAUAAGAAAAUAUACACCAGCAAGACAUAAUCAAGCACAAUGUAUCAUAUCAUUCUAUUGUUCGGAAUCUGAUAAACCAGUAUAUGUAACGGAUUUAGGAGUGAGAAAAAUUGGUACACUUGUUCUUGAUAUGUUUCAUGAUGGAUUUCCGUCUGAUCAUCAUAAUUCUUUAAUGAAUAAUAAAAAUCAAAGACGUGAAAUACAAACUCGAAUGGUUUUUGGUGAUACUGAAAUAAAAGUGAGCGCAUUGGAUGUUUCAACAGGCAAAUGUGUUCGAGCUACAAUCGAUUUUUUAAAUAAAUAA